AUGGUCCCUGUACAGUCUUUCACAGGUGGGCUGCUGGGCACAGGUGGGGCUGCUGGUCACAGGUGGGGCUGCUGGUCACAGGUGGGGCUGCUGGUCACAGGUGGGGCUGCUGGUCACAGGUGGGGCUGCUGGUCACAGGUGGGCUGCUGGUCACAGGUAGGGCUGCUGGUCACAGGUGGGGCUGCUGGUCACAGGUGGGGCUGCUGGUCACAGGUGGGGCUGCUGGUCACAGGUGGGGCUGCUGGUCAUAGGUGGGGCUGCUGGUCACAGGUGGGGCUGCUGGUCACAGGUGGGGCUGCUGGUCACAGGUGGGGUUGCUGGUGCUGGUGCUGGCGGCUGGCGCUGGUGCUGGUUCCUGGUGCUGGCAGCUGGCACUGGGGCUGGUUCCUGAUGCUGGCGGCUGGCGCUGGGGCUGGUUCCUGGUGCUGGCGGCUGGCGCUGGUGCUGGUUCCUGGUGCUGGCGGCUGGCACCGGGGCUGGUUCCUGGUGCUGGCGGCCGGCGCUGGGGCUGGUUCCUGGUGCUGGCGACUGGCGCUGGGGCUGGUUCCUGGUGCUGGCGGCUGGCGCUGGGGCUGGUUCCUGGUGCUGGCGGCUGGCGCUGGGGCUGGUUCCUGGUGCUGGCGGCUGGCGCUGGGGCUGGUUCCUGGUGCUGGCGGCUGGCGCUGGGGCUGGUUCCUGGUGCUGGCGGCUGGCGCUGCGACCGCCGGUGCGACGGGCGAGGUGCAAGGUGGCGCUGGCUGCAGUCGAUGGCGCAAACGCGAUCGCGGGCCGCUGGCGACUUCGCUGGCGGGUCGCUGGCGGCGGGUCCGCUGGCGUUCGCCAUAG